CAAAGGAAAAUUGCGAGCGAGCUUUGCGUUUCACGUUGCCGCUGAUUUGGAAGAACGAAGUCGGGUCUGCCAGAACACCACAACCAUUAUUCCCGUAUUCCGGUCUCGGUCAAACAGACACCGCCACAUACCUUGCACCUCAAAGUCGCCCAUUGAAACAGAAGAGCUCCGGAAAAAUGGCGUCCGAAAGACCAGACAAGAAGGAGAAGAAGGACAAGAAAGACAAGAAGGAGAAGAAGGAGAAGCGCUCCGAGGCGGACGGCAUCCACAAGCCCAAGAAGGACAAGAAGGAUAAGAAAGAGAAAAAGGAGAAGCUCGAACGUGCCCUCGAGGGUCACCUGCAAGCCGAUGCCGUAGCUGCGGCCGCCGCUCCAGUGGUGGUCAGCGACGGCGCCGUCAAGAAAGUCUCUCCCAUCGUGCCGGGCGCUCUGGUCCCGUUCGCGGUGCCAUUGGCCGACGACAAGGCGAUGAAGAAGGUUCUCAAGACUGUCCGGAAGGCCGCCAAGAACAACACUCUCAAGCGCGGCGUAAAAGAAGUCGUCAAGACCCUCCGCAAGUCCCCGCCCGCCGCACCAGGCCGCACCACCUUCCCCGGCGUCCUCAUCAUCGCCGGAGACAUCUCCCCGCAGGACGUCGUCUCUCACCUCCCAGUGCUCUGCGAGGACCACAACGUGCCGUACAUCUUCGUCCCCUCGCGCGCCGAGCUCGGCGCUGCCGCCAAGACCAAGCGUCCUACCUCCGUUGUCAUGGUCAUGGAGACGGGUAGUGCGAAGAAGGCGGGCGAGAAGAAGAAGGACGACGCCAAGGAUGAUGGCGAGGAUGACGGAGAGACCUUCAAGGAUGCGUAUGAUUCGCUUGUUAAGCUUGUGCAGAAGGAGACGGCUAGGCAGUCCUUCUGGGCAUAGGUCUGGUGCUAGGUGCGGAACCUCUAAUCGGCAGCACAGUGUUUGGACGAGGGGCUGGUCACAUCACAAGAGGUUGUCAUUGCGGACGGAUUGAGAGGUUGUCUCACGUGGUGUACAGCGCUUUUCAAGUGCCGUUGGCGGCUGGAUGGGAAGGGGGCGUUCAGCGCUGCCAAGCAGCUCUGGGUAUGACGGUGUAUUAUACCCCAUGGCCAUGCGGCAUGGACUAUCGGAUGGGUUAACGGCGUUCGGUGCAGUUGCAUUGGUAAAUAAGAUUUUCGACCAAGCUAUAAAAAUUUCCGGCGUCUCUUGAAUGACUGGAAGGUCCAAUUACGUAUGUUUGCACAAGCUCUCAAAUCAUAUAAAACCUGCAAUUGACUUCGGCCCAAGAUGGUCAUUCACACG